UGCUUAUUAACAGCGCGAGUUCUGAUUGGCUUUAUGCUUUUAGAAUUUAAUGCUAUUUUCAAAUUGACGCAUAACCUUUAUUAAAGUGUAUCUAUAAACAAGGGUGCAUUUAAUUAUUUUUAUAAAUACAAUGUUACCUUUGACUUUAUUGAAGACGGCGCAAAAUCACCCCAUGCUGGUAGAGCUGAAGAAUGGAGAAACAUACAAUGGUCAUUUAGUUAGUUGUGACAACUGGAUGAACAUAAAUCUUAGAGAAGUUAUAUGUACUUCAAGGGAUGGUGACAAGUUUUGGAGAAUGCCCGAAUGCUAUAUAAGAGGCAGCACGAUAAAAUAUCUGAGGAUUCCUGAUGAAGUAAUAGAUAUGGUAAAGGAAGAUAUACAAAUGAAGUCGAGGGGACGUGGUGAAAUGAAAGGUCGAGGCCAGAGUCAAAGAGGACGUGGCAGUGGAAGAGGUACCUUUGGUAGAGGAGGAAGAGGUCCAGCACCAUUAAGUCGUGGAGGUGGCACACAAAUUGGGAAUAAGUCACAAAAUAAAUCAAGACCUAAAUGAAAUUAAAUAUGUUAUUUACAUUCUGUUGCAAUUUAAUAAUUAUAAAUACUUCGUUAUCAUUGAUAUUUUUUACAAAAACUUCUGUAAUUUAAUUUUUUUUUUCAUUUUAUACAAACUUAGGUUUGUAUAUACAACAGCUGGAUUUAUGUAAUGAAAUUAUAAAGGUACAUGAUGCUCACAGCAAUUAUAUUGAUCUUAAUUUAUAUACUAAAUUUCUUUUUGCAACUUUUACUA